AUGGUCACCCGGGAUCGAGCUGAGAAUAGGGACGCCCCCAAGAUGUUGAAGCCGUUGGUGGAGAAGCGGCGCCGGGACCGCAUCAACCGCAGCCUGGAAGAGCUGCGGCUGCUGCUGCUGGAGCGGACCCGGGACCAGAACCUCCGGAACCCGAAGCUGGAGAAAGCCGAGAUUCUGGAAUUCGCCGUGGGCUACUUGCGGGAGCGCAGCCGCGUGGAGCCCCCGGGUACAGCGCGGGCAGGGCUUCCCCGGUCCCCGGCGCAGGACGCCGAGGCGCUCGCCAGCUGCUACUUGUCGGGUUUCCGCGAGUGUCUGCUUCGCCUGGCGGCCUUCGCGCACGACGCCAGCCCGGCCGCCCGCGCCCAGCUCUUCUCCGCGCUGCACGGCUACCUGCGCCCCAAACCGCCCAGGCCCGAGCCGGUGGAGCCCAGGCCUCCGGCGCCGCGCCCCCCGCUGGACCCCGCCGCACCACCCCUCCUCGGCCCCGCGCUGCACCAGCGCCCGCCGCGGCCCCAGGGCCCCCCGAGCCCGCGCUGCGCCUGGUCCCCCUCUCGCUGCUCCCCUCGCGCCGGGGAUUCGGCGCCCCUCACCGGACUGCUGCCGCCACCGCCACCGCCACCUCCUUACAGACCAGACGGGGCGCCCAAGGCCCCGCCGAUCCCACCCCCCGCUUUCUGGAGACCUUGGCCCUGA